UGUCAUUAAAUAAAGUAGGCUGGUUGGGAAACAAAGAAGAAGUCAAACACUGGGUAGCAAAUUCGCUGUAGUUGUUAGCCCUUGGCCUAUCGAAGAGGAAUGUAGCAGUCUCCUCGGUUCUCGAUAUGCCUGUCUCUCGAGGACAAGAAGUGAGGAUGGCCGAGCAGCACUGCGCUCGCCCGCGCGCUCUCCAUGUACGCCUCCUGCUCCUUGCAGUGCUGCUGCUGAUGGUCUUUGUGCUCGCUGUUUCCUCCUUACUCGGCGGCUCUGCCAGCAUUAAUUCCCUCAAGUUUGAUACCGAUCCUCCGGAAAGCAGAGGAAAAUUCCUUGUUAAGGGAAAGUCAGCGGCUCUAUCCCAAUCUCAAUUCCCGUCUUUUCUUAGCAGGGAGGAUGCAGCACCACCCCCACGAACUACGACGAUGAAAAAGACGAUUGUCGAGAAGGUAGAUGUAGAAUCGGGUCCUUACCACGACUGGCAACACUUUGCUCUAGAUUUUCAGGAAAUGAUGCGAAAUUUUAAGGUUUAUGUUUAUCCCGAUGCUUUCGCGAACCAGUCCUAUUCAGAGUCUUCUCAGUUCGCUCCCAUUUUCCUUCCCCACCCAGACCCAUUCCAUCCUAGACUAGGAAAUUACUUCAGCGAACACAUGUUUAAGUUGGCACUACUUGGGAGUUCCAUCACUACGCCCCAUCCGGAAGAGGCCCAUCUCUUUUUCUUGCCCUUUUCUAUCAAUCUUCUGCGGAACGAUCCUCGUGUCCACUCCGAGGCAUCCAUCUCAGAAUUUGUCACCCGAUAUGUCACCAGGAGUCGGCGCCAGUUCCCAUUCUGGAAUGCUUCUGCCGGCGCUGACCACUUCUACGUAUACUGUCAUUCGGUUGGUAGAGAGGUCGCUUCUGGGCUUCGUGAUUUGCUUAACAAUGCCAUCCAGGUCACUUGCUCAUCCAGCUACUUCCAGAGAUACUACGUCACCCACAAAGAUGUGGGCUUUCCGCAGGUAUGGCCUCGCCUUCACGAAGAAGCUCUCACUCCCCCGGAUGCCAGACAUAAACUUGUGUACUUUUCUGGACGUAUCCAAAACUCUCGCAUUCGCCAAGAGCUGAUAACUUUAUGGGAGAAUGAUUCUGACAUGGAUGUUUUCUCUGGGAAUCCACCUUACCCUUACGAAGAAGGGUUUAGGAGGAGCAAGUAUUGCCUCCAUGUCAAAGGCUACGAGGUGAACACUGCUAGGGUAAGUGAUGCUAUACACUAUGGAUGCGUUCCUGUCAUUAUUUCCAACCACUACGAGCUUCCAUUUGCUAACGUUUUGGACUGGAGCAAGUUUUCGGUUAUAAUCAACCAUGGGGAGAUAUCCUUGACCAAACAGAGACUCCUCUCAAUACCGAAACGAAUGUACCUGAACAUGUUCCAUAACCUGCGCCGAGUUCGAAGGCAUUUUUUGUGGCAUGAAACGCCAAGGGGUUUUGAUUCCUUCCAUAUGACUGCUUACCAGUUGUGGCUGAGGAGAAGCAUACAUCGCCUCCGCCUACCCCACUAAUUCCCGACACACUGAUCGCCAGAUUAUGAUGAAGAUGUUCACAAUAUCAUGCUGUAUUUGUCUGUACAUAGCAUAGGCUAGCUUAAUUCCCUUGAAUCAAUAUGCAUCGUGGCAUCAGAUGGCUACCUGAAAAGAAGCCUAGAUGUUGUUAUUUUGGCCGCCACCCAUGACAUAUUCAGUUGCUCCAUGCCUUAUUUUAAGGAUAUAUCACCAUGGAAUUACUUUA